UCCCCCCCCCCCCCCCCCCCCCCCCCCCCCCACACUCUCUCUCUCUCUCUCUCUCUCUCUCUCUCUCUCUCUCUCUCUCUCUCUCUCUCUCUCUCUCUCUCUCUCUCUCUCUCUCUCUCUCUCUCUCUCUCUCUCUCUCUCUCUCACAUGCUCCCCAGCAGCUAUGGCCAGUAGGGCAUGGACCAAACAAAGAGGUGGGCUGUGUGUUCUCCACUGCAGUAUUGAUGACCCAAUGAGCCCCUGCAGAAGCUAGACGGACAGAGUCCCUGAGAGUUCCCCCUGGACAGCUGUAGGCAGCAGACUACGAGUGGGAGGCAGAGCUUUAUUUACAUGCUGCAGAGAGCCUAACCGACCAACCUACCCCCCCUCGCCCCCCCGACGCUGGAUGAGCGACCUGUCAGGGACUCUAGGUUUGACCGCAGCCCAGCCGGCGGGCUGCGGCCGGGGCCUGCCGGAGGAGCCGGACUGUGCGGAGGUCUCAGGAGGGCUGGAAGGACCUGAGCUCUGGGCCAGGGAUCUGGGGGUCCCGGAGAGGAGCCUGGAGCCCCACGGCGAUGGCGCGGUGCCGGUGACAUGCGCCCCCCCGUCCCUCCCGCCCUCCGGCCCCGUCCCCCUCCCCCCCACCCUGGCGAACGGGGUGCGCAUGUCCCGACGGCCGCUGACGGGGGCGCGCCGGCGGAGCCAGCUGCUGGAGGCCGCCGUCCUGAGUGAGGCGCGGGAGACCCCCGCGGAGACCCCCGCGGAGACGGCGAGGGGCAUGCAGGCGCACGCGGAGCCCGGCGUGGAUGCGCACGCGGUCUCGCAGCCUCCCCAAAAUAACAGCGGCUUCUGCAUGAACGCACUCGCAGGAGAAUCCCACGCGGGCUCGGGGGGGCCGGAGCAGGUCAGGACGAGCCCGGCCGCGGUGACCCCUCGCACAGCCUCACCUCCACCCCCGCCCCCGCCCCCGCUCUCCCUCAUCAAUCAUCCCGUUGCCGUCGCCGACCAGCCGGCACCUUUUGACCUCACGGCAGCCCGAGAACUCCCCUCAACCUUGAGUCCCGCCCCCCUCGGCCCCGGCCCCCCAGCCGACCCCGCCUCCUCUGCUCUCCCCGUGGAGGCGGAGAGGAAGUACGCCCUGCGCAGCUCCGGGCGUCCGCGCUUCCCCUGUCACCUCCGGAAGUCCUCCCGCAUCCGGCGGAGCGCCGAGGACGGAGACAGGAAGGGGCGGAAGGAGAAGGACCCGGAGGAGGGCGGGGCGGUGGGAGCGCCGGGCGACCCGCUGCUCAGAGUCCGAGAGGAGGCGGGGGCCGCGGGCGAGGGGAAGGAGCCCCCCUCCGGGGACGGGAAGGUCCCCGCCGUCCCCUGCCCCGCGCAGCUCCCUGUAGCUCUAACCGUCCCCUCCAAACCGGCUCCUAAGGCCACACCCAAAUCCGGGCCCAAACCGGGCCCUAAGCUGGGCCCCAAGCCCGGGCCCAGACCCUCCCCCAAGUCGGCCCGGAGGCCCGGCCCUAAGUCCGUGCAGCGUACCUCUCAGACCUCGGCUCCGUCCGGCCGCCCGGGCCCGCACGCCGCCUUACCUCGCGCGGCCAGCCUUCCCGGACCCCCGCCCGCCGCCGUGAAGAAGGAGCCCGUGGAGCUGGAGGGGACCCCGGCGACCAAGCGCAGGCGGGGCCGCUUUGUGGGGGUGAGGAGGAUCGUGGUCAAAGUGGCCCGCAUUCCCGUCAACCUCAGCCGGCGGCAGAAGAGCUACAAGAUCUCCAACCUGGAGACGCUGUCGGGGCCGGAGAAGAGCAGCGAGGGGGUCCGCGAGGGCCCGGACCCCGUCCGCGAGCCCACCGCACUCCUCCGCAUGAAGAACAACGGCAAGAGCGUCAUGGUGAUGUUCCCGCCCGGGGAGCUCCCGGUCAUCCUGAAGCGGCGGCGGGGUCGCCCGCCCAAGCAGGCGCCGCCCGGGACACCGGGGGAGGCGGUCGGCAACGCCGUCGCCGGCGGCAAUCCGGACCAGCCCAAGAAGCCGCGGCGGAGGCGGCGGACGAAGCUCCCGUGCCCCUACCCGUCGUACGUCAACGACACCAACGACGUGAAGAGCGAGUACGGGGACGUGCUCUCCAAGCUGGCCUUCCUGAACCGCCAGCCCCCCACCACGGCCCGCUGCUCCCCGCCCCGCUGCUGGACGCCCAGCGAGCCCGAGAGCUUCCACGUGCCGUCGGAGAACCCGGGCCUCUCCACACUGCUGCACCGCCUCACGGGGUUCCGGCGCCGCGGCGGCCGGGGGGGCGGGGUGGGGCGGGGGGGCGGGGCGGCGGGGGGGGCGGCCGGAGGGGACUUCAACAAAAACACCUUCAGCGACUUCUUUGAGUCCAUCGGCAAGAAGCGCAAGCUGAGCCCGCUGUCGGAGUCGGGGCUGCCCCGGAAGAGGGGGAAGGGCGCCAACGCGGGCGGGACGGGGCGGGGGGGUGGCGUCGUGGGCAGCGAGCUGGGGGGGGACAAGCCGGUGAGGAAGAGACGCCCCCGGAAGAAUGGGGCGCUGAAGGGGGAGGCGGGGGCCCUGGGUCCGGACUGGGGCAACGGAGCGGGCCCCUGGGGGGAGGAGGGCGGCAUGGAGAAGGGGGGGCCCUACCAGGCCUGCGGGUCACCCAGGGGGGGGUUCUCCUCCUGCGAGGCGGGCAGAGGCGGGCCCUUCGGCGGGGCCGGCGGCGGCAGGGGAGCGGGGCCCGGCGCGGAGGGCCCCCAGGGGCUGUUCGCCGGGUACUUCCGCUCGCUCCUCGACUCGGACGACUCCUCGGACCUGCUGGACGGCGCCUCCCAGCGGGAGUCCCGCAAGGCCGCGUCCACCCCGGGCUACGAGCCGUCCAGCCCGGCGCCCGGCCCCAGCUGGUCCCCGGCCUUCCCCAAGCGGAGCCCCAAGGCCCCGGGGGCCGCGGGCGAGGGGCCCGCCCAGACCCAGCCCUCCUCCGCCAGGACUCCCUACAGCUACAACAGCCUGGCCCAGACCUCCCCCACCCCGCCCGGCUACCCCAAGCCGGCCGCCCCCUCCCUGUCUCUCUCCCACUCCCCCAGCAGCCCCCACCCCUCCUCCUACGGCUCCUACUCCUCGGGCUUCUCGGCCGCGUCUCCGCCCGGGGGGGGCGGGGCCCCCCAGAGGCCCCUGGACUGCAGCUUCUCCCUGGGGCCCGGGCAGAGCAAGGGGCCCGCCCUGAGCGCGGCUCAGAUGGGGUACUCUGGCUACCAGCUGGCCGCCAAGCGGGGCUUCGGCGGGUACCCGGGCGCAGGGCAGUCCCCGGCGGGGCGCGGGGAGCUGGGGGGCCCCACCUCUCCGGGGGGGGGGUACAUGUCGGUGGCUAAGUGCAGCCCGUUCAGCUCCUCCGUGUCCCCCGAGGGGUACCGGCAGUACAACGCCAGCCAGUGGAGCUACAGACAAGGCUACGGCGGCUGGGCUGCAGACAGCUUCGGGUCUCAGUACCACAACUACAGCGAGUACGGCUCCAGCGAGUCCAAGGACAUCCUGGACAUCUCCAACUACACCCCCCAGAAGGCCAAGCGCCAGCCCUUCCCCGAGAGCCUGUCAGAGUCCUCCUCGGACUCGUCCCACCUGAGCUCGGCCGCCACCGGCAGCGGGCCCAGCUCCGGGGGCGGCUCCUUCCGGCAGAAGGACUCGGCCCCCGUGUGCGCCGACAGCGGGCAGUCCAGCCUGUCCAGCCUGGAGAAGCUGAUGAUGGACUGGCACGAGAGCGCGGCGGGGCCCUCCUACAACUGGAGCCAGAACGUGCUCUUCCAGAGCGCCGGCAGCAGCAAGCAGGGCCGGGGCCGGCGGAAACGGGCCGAACCGCCGCCCCCAGAGAAGGACAGGGGGGCCGCUCUCCCCCCGGAUUCCCCGUCCAUACCGUCCCCCACCCCGGCGCCCAAGCGGGGGGGAGCCGGAGGGCGGCCCCGCGGCUCCAGGGGCGGCAGGGGGGGUCUGUCCCCGUGUCAGAGGGAGCGGCCCUCCGGCGCCAAAGGCAGGGCCCGGUCGGCAUCCGCGCUGAGCGUCGGCGGGGCCGCGGGGGGGCCCGACUGUUCGGAACUGUUCCAGGAGGGGCCCGACUACUACAGCGGCGACAGCUGCAGCCUCUCCCCGCUGGCCACGCCCAACGCCGCCGCCCCGGGCCCCUACCUCCAGGACCCCUCCGAGUACCCCUCCCCCUACUCCGCCCACCCGUCCACGCCGUCCUCCGAGGAGCGCUACCCGGCCGUCUACCCCGGGGAGUCCUCCUCCUCGCUCUCGCCCAGCGUCUCCUCGCCCCCCUACCCGCCCAAGCCCACCCCGCCCCCCGCCCAGCAGGCCUUCCACCCGGGCCCCUCCAGGACCUUCUCCCCGUCCUGCUCGCCGGCGCCGCGGGCCGCGCCCCACGGCGGCACGGCGCUGAGCCCCCCCCACCGCGCCCCGCCCAAAGACCCCCAGUACUCCCAGUACGACUCGCCCAGCUACUGUAGCUCCCCCUUCUGGUACGGACAGUCGUCACACAGCGGCAGCCUCAGCCCCCAGACGCACCCCGGCGGCCACUCCGGGCACGCCCACCCCACCAACCCCCACAACCCCAACAGCCCCCACCCCCACAACCCCAACAACCCCCACAACCCCACCAGUCCCCACGGACACGCGCAGGGCAACCCCCUGGCCAGCACUCACGCCAACGCGCACCACCACAACACACACCCCAACACACACCACAACACGCACCCCAACACGCACCCCGGCGCCACCCUGAGCCCGCACGCCAGCACCCAGCAGCAGCUGCACGCCGGCUCCCACCUGCACCCCGCCCCGCACGGCGGCGGCAACAGCAGCCAGCCCCACCCCCACCACAGCAACCCCCACCUCCACCCGCACCACACCCCGCACUCCAGCCCCGGCCUGCACCCCCACCCCGCCGCCAUGGGCUUCGAGGACCGCCACCCCCCCUCCCCCAUGGCCCACAAGCGGGAGCUGAGCGGCCAGCAGCAGCAGCAGCAGCAGCAGAUGGGUCCCGGACACCACCAGGGGCCCCUCCCUCACUCCCCGUACCACAAGCCCCCGCUGGACGCUUCCCCCCACCAGGAGGACAUGGGGGGCUACGCCCUGCCCCACCACCCCUACCAGGGGGGGGGCCAGCGCUACGCCGCCCAGGCGGGCCGGGGGGGGGGGGUGCUGUGCCAGCUGCUGGAGCCCGCCUCCGAGGACGGCUUCAGCGUCACCAGCCUGUAGCAGCAGGUUCAUCCAAUCCAAGCUUUUACAGAAUUUGCAAAUGCAACACUUUUUUUUCAACACAACCGUCUUUGUGUGAGACUGUGAAGGGCGAGAAUUUAGCUGCCAGCUUUGGACAGUAAAGCUUUAAUUCUCCAGCAACGAC